GACCAGCAGCCUAUCGCCAAUUGUAGCAUCAAUCUGCUACACACUUUUGCUCGCUCACACAAACGCGCACACACGCGCAUCGCGUAGGCUACAUACAAGCGCGCAAGCAUAGUCACACCCCUUUUCAUUGCACACUAUACGCAUAGGAGAUAAGGGGAUCUGCGCGAAAUGUACACUCGAAGUAACCUUAGCGUUUGGUGCAGACAAGGCACGGUCACCGGCAAGAAAUGGAGACUACAUGACUGAACGAAACAAACGAGGAUUACACUCAGUUUCCUUGUAGCAUCGUAUAAUAUAUGAUGAAAAUGGGUGACCAUGAGAUUGGAUUACGGUGCAUAACGAGGACAUUAUCUUUAAAACAAACUGAAAGGGGGAAUUAGAAAAGUCCCUUUAAGAUGACACGCACAGAUCCACCUGACAUACUGGCAUCGACGGUGUAUCGAGAUAUAAAAGUGAAUCCCUCCUCCCACACCGAGUCCCUUCGCUCUUCUGAACAAUGUGAUUCCCAGAAAACCGGCAAGCUGGAGGACAAUCAGGAGAAGAUCAACAAGAGGCACUGCCGCAGCUUCGACUUCAUCGAGUCACUGGACGACCCCAAGUCCCUCGCCUCCUCCUCCAUGGAGUAUCCGCUGCGGCGGAGGUCAGAGAGGCAUGUGGCUAACCCGGACGUGACCUGGACUGCCCUCGCUCAGCAGGGCCACCUGCGGUUCUCCUCGCCCGACUUGUUCAACACCCGCCUGGCCGCCCAGCAUGCCGCCAGCGAAGCGGCUGCCGGUGAAUCUGCCAGGUCCGAGCUCAAAAAGAAGGCCAGGUCCAAGAGCGCCCCCAGAGUCAAGACCACGUUCACCCCUGUGCCUAUUGAGGUAUCCUCGCCUGUCCUGAGGAGAGGACGGGAGGCCCAACGGACAUCGCGGGAGGCCUCCAAGAAGUCAGAGGCAUCGCCGCGCCGAGAGGCCCCCGUCUAUGUCUCUAGCCGGGGACCAUUGAUGAACGAGGUACACCCCAUCAAGCUGCAACCGCAACGGGGAGAAUCCAACUGCUACUCACCCCUGUAUGUCACCGACUGCUUCGACCAGAGCAGACAGGACAGGCAGCAGCAGCCAGCCACCAGCCCCCAUGUCAAGUGUCGGGUAGAUAUCAAGCCAGACGCAGCGGUGCUGCAGCACACGGCGAGGAGGCUCAAUCCGGCAGGUCGUACAGAGAUGCCCUGGCAGCGACACCAAGGUGGUGGGAGCCGUGGUUUGACCGUGCCUCGGCAGAUCUCCACCUCCAGAACACCAACGCCCAGCGAAUGCUACAGCGGGGAGUACAGGCAAAUGUAUCAGUACUCCAGCAGCAUGCCGAACAGUUACACCCCGCCUGUGGAGAUCCCACUGCAGGGGAUGCCCUCCCCUCGGGAAUACCGUGGUCGGGAACGAAGGGCCUUCUCCAUCCCCAAUGUGCCAACUAAGUUCUUCUACACGGAUGACCCUGGCAGGUACCCUUCCCCAGCUACACUUUCCGGCACAUACUAUUCGGAUGAUCAGUACAGCAUCCCCAGUCAGAACCACACCCCGAAAGCAGCAUAUGCCCAUGACCCCAGGACUCGCAUGUUUCACACCCUCCCCGUCCGGCCGUACUAUACUGAAAUAGAGCCACGUCAGUACCCAACCCAAGCUGCAUACCCCAGACCUUACUCCACCAGUGAACCAGGGACUUAUAUCAUUCAAACCCCACCUGCCAGGGCAUACUACAGGGAGGACCCCAGAACAUACGCAGUCCAGCCCAUCUCAUCUAAGGUAUUCUACACAAAUGAGCCCUUCACCCCACCGCCACAACCACUGGACCAUCACAUUCCCCUGAGAGCUUACCACACUGAGGGCCGACGACACCCACGGUUUUCCCAGCCUCAACUGGAGGACUGGUAUGGCUCAGAUGUGUCAGGGUACACUUUCCACCACCCUUCUGCCCAGUUGACCCCGCAGAGAGUGAGAGCGGAGCCAGUGCUGACCCCCUGGUACACCAACCACUGCAUGGAGCCAGCCAGGCUCGGGGCAGAAGCAAGGCCUUACUCCAGGUCUUGGGAUAAUAUUCUGAACCCGCCGCAUGUGGAACAGCCGCAACCUGUCCAACGCGGGCGGAGCUAUGAGAAUCUCCUUUACCAGGGAAAGAGAGCACUGUCCCCAGAGGCCCGCCGUCAGCCUGUAGUGGUGAACCUCUCCAGCUCACCAAGACGUUAUGCAGCCCUCUCCCUGUCGGAGACCUCCCUGCUGGAGAAAGGUGUGGGCACCGGAGGUGCUGGCAUGGCUGACGGUUUGAAGAACACCACAGGAAGGUUGUGGUUUGUCACUCCAGAGAUCACCAUCACUGACAACGACCUCCGCCCAGGCAAACUCACUAAGACGGACGUCCGCUCAGCCAGCUGGGAUGCGCUGGACUCUGGCAGGGAUCCUUGUCCCAGUGUCCAAGAGCUGCGUUCCUACACUGACGAAGCCGCCAAAGAGAAGACCCACAACAGCUACUCCCUGCAGCAGAGCCUAGAGCAGCUGGAUGAGCUUCUGGCUGACCUGGUCAUUGACUACAAGCCUCCAUCGAGCAGAAGGCCUAGUGAGGACCUUCUGGAUCAGCUCAAGAAGCUGAUCAAUGAGGAUGAAGUGGACCCCUCCACUAAAAAAGAGGACAAGGACCCAGAGGACCAGGGUCCCCUGAAUAAGCAGCCCACAUCCAUAAAAAUUAAUCCAGAUACUCACCAGGAUCUUGACAGUGGUUGUGAUGGGGUCCAGAAGAGCACAGAUGAGUGCUCACCAGACCAGAGCACAGAUGAGGAUGACACUAUGAUGUGCUCCAACAGCAAGUGCCGGCGAACGGAGACCCUGUUCAACGCCUGCCUUUACUUCAAGUCCUGCCACAGCUGCUACACAUACUACUGCUCCCGAAACUGCAGGCGGGAGGACUGGGACGUCCACAAGGAAAGUUGCCUGUAUGGUCGUGUGGGCAGUAUCUGUCGCCGUGUCAUCAAGUUCUGCCGGGAGACAGGAGAAAUCCACAAGGCCUUCUCCCGAAUUGCCAAGGUGGGAUACCUCUCCCGGGGGAGAGGGGUCCUCUUCCUGGGGUUCCCCAACCCAGGGUCAUCCGACAACUUCCUGCAGUAUGGUCUGGAGAGCCUCCUCAUGGCCCCCACCUACUUGUCCCUGCGGGAGUUGGAUGGCUUCAAGGACAACCUGGGAAGCUAUUGCAAGGAGCUCCAAGAGGCAGGAGAUGAAUAUGACCCCAGCGAAUGUUUUCUCCUGAAUGUAUCCAUAGCUGUGGGUGAACAAGUGCCUGACCGGCCCUCCCCUAGGGUCCAAGCCCCGACUGUAAGGAAGUACGCUAAGGUGUCCUUGGCCUCCACCAGCCCAGAGAGGAAGGUACUGAAGAAAGAGAGUGACAUGGAGACACUGAUCCUCACCCCGCCCCCAGGGACGUCUGACAUAGACAAGGAAGGGGAGGAGGGCCGGAAGGCCCGGGAAAUCUGCUUCAUCAACAUCCAGCGGGAGCUGCGGACCAGGGGGGUCUUCCUGCGCCACGAGUACCCCCAAGUCUACCAGCAGCUUGUUGAGUUUGUAGAGAGUAACAAGAGGUUCACGCCCACCACCAUCUACCCCAUAGACAAGAGGACCGGGAAGCAGUUCAUGUGUAUGAUUAUGGCUGCUUCUGAGCCACGGACACUAGACUGGGUGGCUAACCCCCAUCUUCUAGAUGAUAUUAUAUAAUUAACUGCAGCCCUGAUGUCAUCUACUGUAUGUGUAACUAUAUGAAUCAUGUAUAUAGUUACACACCAAGCAUAUUUACAAUUAUUGUUUGUAGAUAUGUAUUUUACUAUGAGAAAAAUGUUUUAUUAAUGUUUUCCAGCUAACAUCAUUAAUAACAGUCACAUUCAUUAUUGUUAAUCUUAGGGGAGUAAAUUUUUUCAUGCCUGUUGGAUUAAUUAAACAAGAUGACAUACAGUAAAUGCACAUAUUUAGUGAGGCAGUAUUGAUAUUUUCACCUGUAUGAUUCAUAAAACAAUUUGUAGUCUGUCAGGUUGGUAACAUAUGUUUGAUCUUGUCAUUUAUAUCCAUUUUAUUUUCACAUGUCAUCCACUUUUUUCAUUACAGUUUUCUUACAUUUGCAUUGUUGUGGUCUACUGCCAAUUUCAAUAUUCUGGGUUUAACGUUUUUUUAAACCAGACAUCACUCUUUGGUGACAUUUCAGCUUCAUUGUCAAAUUUAUUUAAAUUAAACUAGCAGCAUGUCACCAAAUCCACCCACUUCAUUCCACCAGAGUACAGAAUGUUUUAUUUUCUUCCCAGUCUAAUUGCUUGCAGUGUCGUCUAGUCAUUUUAACAGUUUACAUAAAUGUUUAGUAUAAACAUAAUGCACAUGCUCUGUACUUUGAUGAGAAUUUUACAGUACUGGAACUGUAAACUUAGUUUAUUUAUUUUCUUGUAACAAAUAUAUUUUAUUCAAAACCUUUUAAUUCCAAUAUUUUCAGGGCACACCACUAAGAUUUAAGAGUUAGAAUAUGUCCUGUUUGGAAGAGUUCUGGAAAACUCCAAAACAAAUUUCAUUGGUCUAAGGUAACACAGAAAUUUUAAUAAGCUGAUUCUCUUUCUGUGUGCCUGUGGAGUGAUUUAACCAAUUUACAGAUGUUCUGUUGGCAGUUGAGAUUGGGCUUAGAAUAAAUAUGAAGGAGUUGCAAACAAAAGAAAAUGCUAGAAUGUUAUUUGUUAAUUAUGUCUAUGAUGUAGCUCAUACUGUACAAUUAGAAACUCAAUGUGCAGUUAACCAUAAAAGUCUAUUUAUGUUCAUCUCCAAAAAAUCCAAACUGAAACAUUAGUGGACACACUUAAACCUUGAAAUAAUUAAUAGUGGGUACUGUUUAAUAGGGAUUCUCAUGUAACUGUUUGUCCUUAUAAUUAAUUAAUCUAUCAGAGUUUACCGCAAUUGCUGUGGGGUACUGAAGGCUAACAUAGUUACAGUUGUAAAUGUGUGUUGUGGUCGGCUUGUUGCAAUGACUCAAUAUGUUUCUAUUGUAAAAACACAGAUUGUGAAUCUUUAACCAAAACAGCAAUGUAAAACUAGGAGUUUGUCAGUGUACAGCAUGUGAAUUAGUUGCAGUUGCAGAUUUAUAUUUAUUACUAAUUUACUAUAUCAGAUUGGAGAUGAAGAAGCUGCUCACCAUCCCUAAAAUGUGCCAUAAAUUUCAGACCAUGAGAAUAAAUAUUCUCUGUUUUUUUUUCUCAAAGAACAGUCUUGGAAAUACUGCACUGAUACAAUGUUGCUACACAGCCAUAGGGAGGCACUUCUUCAGCAGACUCACAAGAGCAGGCAAAGCCUGGUGAAAAAAGGCCAAAAUGUUUCAGUAUUCUUGAGAUUUUGUGCACUAGUUAUGUUUUUUGAAACAUUUUUCUUUUCUUGUUCUAUUUAUUUCUUCUUCUUUUAAAAUAUAGUUUUGGUGCAAACAGAUCCAGAAUAAGAAUCAAAGAACUCUUGGUAAGGUACAAGGACGUUUAAUAAAACAAUCAACCUCUCAUUAGACAGGAAGACAUACAGUAAACUACAAUAAAGUCUUAAAUCAUGAAAAGGUUGUAUUUCAUGGACCCGGAACAUCAUGGUGUACAUCGCAAGCUAGUCAGGCAGGAAGUGUGUGUCCAGACAAAAGAUUACUACUCUGUUAUACAGUAGAGAACUGGAUCAUAUCACACAGAGGGAGGAUACAGAUGGAUUAGGGCUCAGGGUCCCAGAUUACUGAGAAACUUCUAAAACUUCUAAAACCAAUCCCUGGCCUACUACAGUAAGUACAUAACAUAUGUAUCUAUAACUUAACAGUAUAACAUUUCACCUCAAUCAAAGUUUAAUCAUUAAUUAACUAAUCACUUAGUUGCCUAGUAAUUAAUUGAAUCUAAUUAACUAAUCAUCAAUUAAUGUUAUUUCUGAUUUCUAUAGUUUUCCACUUCGCUAGUUUAUGGCCUGAUAUCUGUUCACUGCUCUCCGGUGCUGGACUCAUUUUUACCGUUCUUGCUUUGUCCAACAGUGUGCUGCAGUGGACUUUCUGUUUAACAAGAGAUGCAUAGUGUGUGUGCUGGGGUGUGUGACUGUAUGUUCGUGUGGUUUGAUGCCACACCUUUCACAUUGAGUCCCUCAAUCGACUCUGUACGCAGAUCGGAGGGACCCUUUGAUUGAACGCAUGCUAUUCAUAUUUUGGCCUUUUGUCAUGACAAUGAUAAUAAAUAUAAUAAAUAUAGACUGACCUGCUUGAUAAUUUAAUAUUUUUUGAAAAAUAUAAGAAUAAUAAAGUAUUUUGGUUGAGAAAAUAGUUCUAUAUUUAAUUCCACUAAAAUGUACAUGAUGUCAUGCAUACUAACGGAGGAUGAUAUUUUCAGAUUAUGAGUGAACUGCUCCUGUUGAAAUGAAAAAUAAAAAACACAUGGGGAUGAUGUUGUUCAUUGUAUAAUUUUUAAAAUGUCAACCUCUGUUUUACUGCAUACUAUUUGUAAAUCAUAUUUAAUAAAUGAACUGGACUGAA